CGAUUCAAACGGGGCCUGUCAAUUUCUUAUGGAGAUAAAUCUAUGUUGUGGCCCAGGGCCGGGCGAUCACGUGACCUCUGACGUCAUUAUCUGGCACUCUGCAAGGAAGAAAUAACUUUUUUUUUUUCUUUUUGCAUCUGGCAUCAAUUUAGUGGAAGGAGUUGGCAACAUUGCGGGAGCGGGACUGAUAAACGAGAUCAGUCAGGACUCAGAGAGUCGGUGUCAGGACUCCGACUCGGCUGCAGUAGUCACUGGUACUGGAUGUCGGUCGUUACCUAAAGCUUUCAGUGGCAGUAAAAUUAUUAUUCUGAAUACAAUAUUUGCUGUCGUUGACACCUUCGAGUAUCAAGAGAUUACCCCAGGAAUGAACUGACUGAUUGAUUGUUUGGCGUUUCUUCUGGCGUCACAAGUACAUGAUUAUGAACGGUCUACACAGAGCAUCAAUUAUUUUUUUUCUGCCCUUUCUUCUUGAUGUGCCUCGCGUGGAAGCAGGGGCCACAAUGGAUGACUGCAUCUGCAGUAGUUAUUCCUUCGAGGUCGACGCUCAUUUGAGGAGUCCCGGAAUGCGUCCUAUCAAUGAUAAGUUGGUGGGCGUUGGGAGGAGUCAGGUCAUCAUUUGCUGUGCCCAGGGAGUGCUCGGAAGGGAGACGACCAAUUCCUCUUUCACCGUGUCAUGGUUUUUGAACGGGACACCGUUGCUUGACUCUCAGAGCACAUUCGAACCGAAGACUGACUGCAGGAAUGAGACCCUCUCCUCGAAGGCAGCGAAGAUGUCAGACCGAGGGAAUUAUACAUGCAUCGUCACCACCGCAGAAGGCGAACAGGCAUCAGAGACGACCCAACUCAUCGUCAUUUCGAAGGGCGGGAAUCACGAAGGGGUGAAGGGAGUCGAAAUCGACAAGUGCAAGUCAGAAGCCUCCUGCGUUCUCCAGGCUCGACUGUCGCAGAAGCUGAACAUCACGUGCAGCGCUCUGGUUGGAAGCAGCUCGUCAUACAUGGAAUGGCUCCCCCGCAGUUGCUCCACUAAGCUCCAGCCUUGUCUUGAGUUCGAUGAGGUCAAGGUCAAAGAUGGAAGCGACUUCAUGACAAACACCAUGACCAUUCGCUCAGUCACAAAGGAACACUUCACCACGUUCACAUGCCUGGCUGAUAACGCUGCUGGUCCACCCAAGAAUAAAACUAUUACAAUCCAAGAGGAAGAACCCACGGUGGCAGAGUUAGCCGCCCUAGUUUGCAUUAUGCUGAUGAUCUUGGUGUUCAUCAUCGCCUUCGCUUUGUCUAGGUGCCACUGGGCGUUGGCCUUAUGGGCUAAGUCUCUGUGGAGAAAGCGGUUUCCGACAGACUCCGGAGACUUCAUCCACGAUGUGUUCCUCGUGUAUGCAAAUUCCGCCACGCCCUGGGUGAUGAACUAUUUGCUCCCUGUCUUGGAGACGACUCACGGCUACAAAUGUUACGUGCCCGAUCGGGACAUGCUGGCGGGUGAAGACUUUGCAGAAACCGUCUGUGAAAAGCUGGCCAAGAGCAGGCGGGUCCUGGUGAUCGUGUCUCCCAGCCUCCUGGACAGCAUGUGGGACGUGUGGACCGUUCUCCAGAGCAUAAACACCUACCUGACUUCGCAGAUCGGUGUAGUAGCCGCCAUUCUUGAGGCAAAGAAACAGCAGACGUAUUAUAGAAAGCUUUUUCUCAUUGAUUCGUGGAUUUUAAGAAGCUUUUUCUUAUUGAUUCGGCAGUUUUAAAAAGUUUUUCUUGUUGAUUCGUAGAUUAUAAGGAGCCUUUUCUUAUUGA